AUGUCGGAAACGGCAAUAUUAAAAGCUAAAUCUGAAAUAAAUAAAUCCUUAGUGUUGAUCACGUUUUGUAUGAAAUCUAUGGGCUUAUCUUUUGAAGAACCAAGGAAUGUUAUGACGUUCUUAUUCCAAAAACUAGUAUUCAUCCUUUCUGUCUGUACUCUAUGCUAUCACGUCUUUGGUGAUUUCGUAUAUAUAGGUAUCACUUUGUCUAAUUCACCACGAGUGGAGGAUGUAGUUCCGCUUUUUCACACCUAUGGAUAUGGAGUUUUAAGUAUGGCGAAAGGAUUUGCGCUAUGGUACAAAAAAGAUAAAUUCAAACAGCUCAUUGAUGAACUAGCUGUGAUUUGGCCAGAUCCUCAGUCCGAUAAGGAAGCACAAACUAUUAAAGAAAAUUCACUUUCCACGUUGCACAUCGCCCAUCAAUGGUACUUCGCUAUAAACAUUAUUGGCUUAUGGUUUUAUAACUUAACUCCAGUCGCCAUUUACAUGUACGAGUCGUUACUUGGACAGGAGUCUAAAAUGGGCCUCAUUUGGGUGUCCUGGUACCCUUUCGAUAAAUACAAACCCGUGAUACACAUCUUUGUCUAUAUCUUCGAAAUAUUUAUUGGACAAACAUGUGUGUGGUUUAUGGUGAGUACUGAUCUACUAUUUUCCGGGAUGGCGAGUCACAUCGGCAUGAUGUUACGAAUACUACAGCGACGGUUGCAAAAUGUAGCCAUAAGUAAUCAGACGGACGAGGAGGUUUACAAAGAUAUAAUGGAAAAUAUCAAACUUCAUCAGCGUCUUAUUAGAUACUGUAAGGAUCUUUCAGACGCCUUUUCACUGGCAUUCCUUGUCAAUAUUAUGCUAAGCUCGGUUAACAUUUGCUGUGUUGUAUUUGUUAUUGUCUUGCUGGAUCCAAUAAUGGCCGUUAGUAACAAAUUGUACUUAGGUUCAGCUUUGAUGCAGAUAGGAAUCCUGUGUUGGUACGGCGACCUAAUAAUUCAUGCGAAUGCCGACGUCGCUGUAUCAGCAUAUAAUAGUGGUUGGUAUCGUACGGAUCCACGGUGUCGGCGCGCUCUGAUUUUUCUAAUACAAAGAGCUCAAAAACCUAUCGCGUUUACAGCCAUGGGUUUUACGAACGUGUCACUUACUACUUAUUCAUCGAUCCUGACUACAUCGUACUCAUAUUUUGCUCUCGCUUAUACUAUGUAUAAUAAAAAUUCUACGUAAUCUAAUCUGGUGCUAGCUAUUUACUUCACGUUUAUUUGAUAUGUUACAUUAUAAUGUUAGAUAAAUCACUAACUUUAACUAUUUUUGCUAGUAACA